GUUAUUUAUGUUAAAUAUGAAUAUCUAAGUUUUACAGUUCAGAUUCAAAUUGAAUGAGAAAGAGUUUGAACAUGAUGUGGCCAGAGGUAGCAGUGUUGCUCUUACUUCUAGUCCAGACAAGUCACGCUGGUUGUCUUCCUUCUUCGUGUGGCAAAAUCAGCAACAUCACUUAUCCAUUUCGAUUAAAAGGCGACCCAGAGAAGUGUGGGGACGAAAGGUAUGAGGUUGGUUGUGAGAAUAAUGUUACGGUGUUGUAUCUGCACUCUGCAAAAUACCAUGUGGAGGCAAUAAACUACAACAACUACACAGUGAGAGUGGUUGACCCUGCUCUUCAACUCCAUAACUGCUCCUCUCUUCCUCUCCGCUCCCUCUCUCGCUCCAAUUUUUCUGAUACUUACACUUACUCUUCGGAUCCAUACCAAGCCGGUCUAAGAGCAUAUCGUAAUUGGGAAUCUCUGGAAUGAUAACAAGAACUAGUUUCUAAAUGGAUGUGUAUAGCAUAAAGUUUUUAAGAACCAAAGUAAUCUUUUACCGUAAGAUAUACCCUAUAUGUGCAUUAACGGUGAAAAUCAAAUCAUGAUUUACCAUGAUAUAUUUAUUCACUCAAGCAAAAUUUCC